AAACAAUUCACUUCGAACAACAAUACGGAAUCAUUUUUAUCAUAAUAUUAGUACCGUGCGGUACGAGAUUCUACACUUGCACUUCGCACUCCAAUUUUUGUUUGAAUCCUCCCGGAAGAUUUGAAUACUUUUUUCUCGUACUCUUCAUUUGAAUUGUUACCGAAUACCAUACCAUGACACCUCCCGAUACGAGCUCGAGUACAAGUCCCACUGCGACGGCAAUCUCAAUUUCCGCAAUCGAUUCGUUGGAUCAGAGCAGCAACGAUGAUUCCGUGCCACCCUUUUCCCUGAAGGCCGAUCGAUACGAUCAGUCAACCUAUUACGGACGCUUCCGAAAAAUGCUGGACGUUGUUGACCCAAGAACACUGUUGUGUUCGCAGCAAGAGCUCGACGAUGCGGUCCAACUCUUAAAGGACUUUGAAGACAGAACCGAGAGUGGUAAGCUCGAUAGUGGCAACAUUAGCACUUACCACAACGGAUUCGACAAUGAAAAAUUGUGGCAGGCCAAAAAAAUCAAGGAUGCCAUCAUUCAUCCAGACACGGGAGAAAUUAUUCCCCGUCCCUUUCGAAUGUCUGGAUAUGUUGUAAGUUYCAUACWUUUCUCCCACACUGUCUCAGGAAUUAGCGAGAUGUUACGGUACGAUCACUGUUGUGAUUAAUGGCUUUCAUCGCAUAUAUAUGAUGUACUAUUGACAGCAAAAAGUUGCAAGUACCGUACAACAGCAAUACUCACUCAUUAUGCACGCACACACAAACGCACAAAAACUCACUGCUGGUUCCGCACAAUCAACUUGCCCUUUGACGACCACACAUAUGCAGCCUUUCAAUGCGCCCGUGUGCGUCGGUGCCAUCAUGGCGACUUCGACACCCGCCAUAUUCUUCUUUCAUUGGAUGAACCAAACCCAGAACGCUCUGGUGAACUUUUUCAACCGCAACGCAACACAGCCACUAAACAYGUCGGCUGUUGCCCAGGGGUAUCUCGGAGCCGUCACGACUUCCAUCGGAUUGUCGAUGGGACUCAAGUCGGUGAUCGACCGCUCCACUCGUUUGACCGCGCUCCAAAAAGCCACGGUUCAGCGGUUUGUGGCGCUGCCUGCCAUUAUURCCGCCGGGGCCAUCAAUGUUUUUCUGAUGAGACAAAACGAGCUUACCACCGGGAUCGAGGUGUACUACGAACAGGAAAAGUUGGAUGCCACCCCGGGGGGAAACCGCAGCGGCGAUGCUGUAGAUGAAGACAGCGAAGUUCCCGUGGUGGUCGGAACCUCUCAACUCGCUGCCAAAAAGGCCUUGUCGGAGAUGAUGAUCUCGAGAAUGGUCUUGCCCCUGYCGGUGUUUUUAAUGACGCCCGUCGCCAUGUCCCUGGCGGACCCGAUCAUUCGAAAGAACCGACGCCUGCUGACUCUCCCAUUCAAUUCGAGCUUUAUCUUUUUGUUCUUCGGCUUUGGAUUGCCGGCGACCAUUGCACUCUUCCCUCAGAUCGGAACGGUCGAGGCAUCGAACCUGGAGGACAGGUUCCGACACCUCAAGGACGCGCAGGGAAAUCCGGUGACAGUCUUUCGGUACAACAAGGGACUGUAGCUCUUGUGUGGGCGCUGUGCUGGUAUGCAUCCGAUGUCGUUUCCAAGUCGAAUACCAACAGGACAAGUACUGUUUGUGACCGAUGAUACAAUUGGGACGAGCUGCUGGCGGACUAUCUAACUGUGCUGUUUGGCACACCGCGAUGCUGUAGUAGUUGUGACACACUGCAUCACACGAGUAACACGAGCUAGUAGCUGCUAGUAGUAGAAGAGGAAUCCAUUCCAUACGGUGAAAGCAAUAUUUCUAGUGGGAUACUGGAACAAAAUGGAUCCCRUCGACCGUACAGAAUAAAAAUGUUGUUAAUGC